AUGCUGGCACUCCGUUUACACGGACGGCAGGAUAUUAGACUUGACACUGUUCCCAUUCCGGAUUGCCUUUCCGACCAAGUCCGAGUGCGCGUGGCUUACUGCGGAAUCUGCGGCUCAGAUAUACACGAGUAUCAGGCAGGGCCUAUCCUCGCCCCUCAACCCCAGGAGACAAAUCCUCACUCUGGCGCAAAGCUUCCAGUAAUCCUUGGACAUGAAAUAUCCGGCACGGUUGUUGAAGUCGGGGCAGACGUCGAGGGGAUCCGCAUUGGGCAGAAAGUAGUAGUGAACCCUUUGCUGGCAGAUCCGCAGAUUCAAGCUGAGGCAUGCACUUCUUGCCUACGCGGGCGCUUUAAUACUUGCAAACGGGCCACAUAUUACGGAAUCAACGCGCCUGGUGGUGGUUUCUCCGGAGAAAUUUCUGUCAAUGCAGCCAAUAUCGUUCCCGUUCCUGAUAACGUCUCGCUAAGGGCCGCUGCUCUCGCAGAACCCUUGGCUGUAGCCUGCCAUAUGAUCGAAAGGUCAGGUUUUGCCGCUGGUGACAAUAUCUUGAUCCUUGGCGCGGGACCAAUUGGGUUGGGUCUACUCAUACUUUUGCGAUCGAAAGGGGCGAAGAAGAUAUUAAUAAGUGAGGUGUCCGAUCUGCGAAUUGACCAAGCCAAGCGCCUUGGAGCGGAUAUUGUCAUAAACCCUGUGCAGGAAAGCCAGGUGUCUGACCCCGUACUAAGGGCAGUUCAUGAGUUGACAGACGAGGGGGUCGACAUCGCUUUUGACGCGUCUGGCCUCCAGGCUACUCUUGACACCGCCAUCGCGUCAGUCAGGCCAGGAGGAACCAUUUUCAACGUUGCAAUCCAUGAGAAGCCACUAAGUCUCAAUCUUAAUGCUUUGUCUCUCCAAGAAAAACAUUUAACUGGCGGUAUUUGCUAUUUGAGAAAGGACUUUGAAGAGGUUCUGUCUCUCCUGUCGUCUGGAAGACUUCCAGCAGAGGAGAUGAUUACGUCCGUCGUGCCACUUUCGAACAUCAUUGAGGGAGGAUUUCAGGAACUGAUUGUCAAUAAAACUAAGCAUGUUAAAAUGCUCAUCCAGCCUGACAUUUAA